AUGUCAACCAGCAACAGAAAUGAAACAGAAAACGAUAUCUGCCGACAAACCACCUUUGGUUUUGAUUGCAACAUAUUCUGUGACUCGUACACAAACUGCAGCGCACAUGGAAGAUGCGCUACGGGAUACACGGGCCAUAACUGCUCCAUCGAGACCAGCGAGGUAGGCAGGCCGGGAGGCUACUGCAGCAGCGCGGCAGACUGCGGCGGGAAGGAGCGGGGAGAGUGUCGGGAGGGGAGGUGCGAGUGCAAGGGAGGCUUCGGAGGCCGGACCUGCUCGCCUUGCCGGGAGGACCAGUACGGGGCGAGCUGCGAGGCGGGCUGUACGGUAGACGGCAACUGCAGCGGGCACGGCCGAUGCGCUACGGGAUACACGGGCCAUAACUGCUCCAUCGAGACCAGCGAGGUAGGCAGGCCGGGAGGCUACUGCAGCAGCGCGGCAGACUGCGGCGGGGAGGAGCGGGGAGAGUGUCGGGAGGGGAGGUGCGAGUGCAAGGGAGGCUUCGGAGGCCGGACCUGCUCGCCUUGCCGGGAGGACCAGUACGGGGCGAGCUGCGAGGCGGGCUGUACGGUAGACGGCAACUGCAGCGGGCACGGCCGAUGCGCUACGGGAUACACGGGCCAUAACUGCUCCAUCGAGACCAGCGAGGUAGGCAGGCCGGGAGGCUACUGCAGCAGCGCGGCAGACUGCGGCGGGGAGGAGCGGGGAGAGUGUCGGGAGGGGAGGUGCGAGUGCAAGGGAGGCUUCGGAGGCCGGACCUGCUCGCCUUGCCGGGAGGACCAGUACGGGGCGAGCUGCGAGGCGGGCUGUACGGUAGACGGCAACUGCAGCGGGCACGGCCGAUGCGCUACGGGAUACACGGGCCAUAACUGCUCCAUCGAGACCAGCGAGAUGCGCUACGGGAUACACGGGCCAUAA